GUAGGUACAAUGCUUCCGGUGUGGGGUAUCGUGAUUCUGCUCCUGUUACAAUGUGACGGCCUGUCAUCAGACAAUUGCGGUUUCAAUUCCAUGUGCACAUGUACUCCGGGACAACACGAUCAAGGAACAAGGACGAUUCACGGAGUCAGUUGUAUCUCGGUGCCUUUCUACAAGUUCCCCAAUCUGCCCGAGGGUGCCAUCAACCAGCUGGAAGUGGCUGGAUCGAAGACCGCCGUUCUGGAGGCGGACAUUUUGGCCGGCUGCCAAGUGCAAGUUCUCGUCCUCAACAACAACCGCUUGCACCACAUCGCCGACAGAACUUUCAGUUCGCAGUGGAAGAGUCUAACUUCGUUAGAUCUAAGCUAUAAUCAACUAGACGAUGUUCCAUUUUCGGCCCUCAAAGACUUGAAGAAUCUCCAGUGGAUCAAUUUGCAUGGGAACCAAGUUUCGACUGUCGAGGGUGACUGGUCACAUCUGAGAAGUUCAGUGUCCACGCUGUUCCUGGGAGAGAAUGACAUAGUCGAAAUCCCAGCCGACCUAAGUUCGAAAAAGUCUCACGGUUUACGACAGCUCAAGUCGCUCAUAUGGCUCAAUCUCGACGGAAACCGAAUAUACAAUCUCCAAAAACUCUCACUUCCAGCUACUCUGCAAACUGCAAGCCUAUCCCACAAUUUGAUUGACAUCUUCCCUACACACAUACUUUCAUCUUUACCGCAGCUACAGUGGCUCUAUCUGAGAGGCAAUCACAUAAAGACUCUACCAGAUCAUACUUUCUCGAAAAGGCUGUGGAUAGAGAAGAUAGACUUGGCUGAAAACUUCCUGAAAGUUCUGCCCAGAAGCCCUUUCAACAACUCCGUACGCGUUAGAGAUCUCAACUUGGCUCACAACGAUUUCAGAAUGCUCACAGCAGAAAGCUUCAAUGGCCUUGCGAUGAGAAGGAUCAUUCUGUCGUAUAACAUGCUUGACACCCUAGAUAUACGAUGCUUCAGUGGUAUCGAUGACACCCUCGAAUAUAUCGAUUUCGAUCACAACAACUUCAGACAUAUACCACAAGCAGUCAGUCAUCUGAAAAACCUCAAAUACCUUUACUUAUCAUCCAAUUCCUUGAGCAUCAUACCAGAAGAUGCUUUCGACAAAAUCUGUUCCAACCUCAAGGCUUUAAGUCUCAGUGGAAAUAAUUUGAUGAAGAUACCUUCACAAGCGUUGCAAAAUUGCACAAGUAUAUCUCAUUUCAAUGUGGCGUUCAACGAAAUCUAUGAAAUACAAGAUGGAGAUCUCUCCAACUGGGUAUCCAAUAUUAAAAGUUUGAUCUUGAGUAAUAAUCGUAUUAUGAAUCUGAGAAGCCACGUAUUUGCUGAGCUACAGAAUUUGAAUGAACUAAGUUUGAGCUUCAAUCCUUUGAGAGUCAUCGACAAAACAGCAUUCCUCGGACUGCAGAAUCUAGAAAGUCUAGAACUCUCAUUCAGUUUGAAUUCAGAUUUGAGCAUUGACGAAAUCUUCUCUCCUCUAAUCAAUGUACAGUGGUUAUCCAUAGAUAACAAUAACCUGAAGAAUCUUCCCAAACAUCUCAUCAAACGUUUAGGACAACUCAGAUACUUCAACGUAGAAUCGAAUGACUUACAUUUCAUAUCCAAUGAUUUUUUCCAUUCUCACACUCAACUUAAAGAUAUUAGGAUGUCCUAUAAUGAAUUGAAAUAUGUGGAAACUGGUACAUUCAGGAAUAUGCCUAACUUGGAAUCGGUUUCUUUAUGUGGAAACAAGAUCGAGUAUAUUCAGAGUGGAAGCUUUGCUAAUUUACCAAAUCUUACUGGAGUCAUGCUUUCUCAUAAUUAUAUUCAUCGUAUGAGUCCCAAUGCUUUCGUGAAUUUAACCUCAAUGAAUCAUCUCAAUUUGCAAAAUAAUUUGCUGAGUGAGUUGAGUUUCAAAUGUUUCACUAAUGUUACAGGACCUUUAGUAUUGAAUUUCACCCGAAACCUCAUUUCAUCUUGUACUUCCGAUUCCAGGAUUCUCAGAAUUACCGUUAUAGAUCUGACGUAUAAUAAAUUAGUUAGAGUUCCGAAGUGUUUGACGCAUACUGCUUCAUUGAAAAAAUUAUUCCUGAAUCACAACAGCAUAACUUCUCUAGAUCACAAUGCUUUCAUUCACUUGAGUUCCCUCGAAAUUUUGCAACUGAAUAAUAAUAAUAUUUUCUCAGUUGGUAGGAGAGCCUUUUUCGGCUUGAGCAAUAUACAAGUUCUUGAUUUAUCUUGUAAUAACAUCGGCCAAUUGCACACUAGUCAAUUCGUCAAUAUGCAUAAGCUACGUAUCGUGAAUCUCAAAGAAAACCGUUUGAGUUAUUUGCCUAGAGAUAUUUUCAGCGAUACUCUCUUAGAAAUGUUAGACUUGAGCUUCAACUCUUUCGCGGUCGUUCCAACCGCCAGUAUAUCAGACAUAGGAAUCACCCUGAGACAUUUAUCUCUGCGCUCUAAUAACAUAGAGCAUGUUGAUAUAACCACCUUUCCUGAUGUAUCGUCCCUACAGUUCCUCGAUCUGAGCAACAACAAACUCACCAUACUCCCUGACAAUGUAUUCACAGGCCUGGGGCUAUUGCAAACUCUUGACCUAAGUUUCAAUCCCUUGAGAUCCAAUUUCAAGGAACUGUUUCAUUACGCACAAAGCUUGAAAUAUCUGGAUCUCUCUGGCUCCGGCAUAACUUUCACACCUCACUUUCCAUUGCCUAACUUGAUUCACCUCAAUUUGUCGCACAACCAAAUAGAGAGUAUAAGUAGACACUCGGUUGGGCAACUCGUUAAGCUGAAGUUGCUGGAUAUCAGUCACAAUUAUUUAGAAAGUGUACCGACGCAUCUGUGGGUGCAUUUGCCUAGGUUGAAGAUUCUUAAUAUGUCGAAUAAUCCGCUGAAGGAGUUGACUGCCGACAGCUUUCAAGGACUCAAUCACUUGCAGGAGUUGACUUUGUUGAAUAUGAAAUAUAUAACUAAGUUCGAGAGCGAUAGUAUCCAACAGCUCAGGAUAUUAUCAAAACUGACCAUAGAGACUUGGCCGAGGUUGGAUCAUUUUUACGACCAAUUUUGCAACUUACUUUCGCAUCUGGAUCAGCUGAGGAUUCUCAAGAUACAUUUUUCUGAAAGGAAGCUGGAUGAGCAACUACUUUGCAUCACGAAUAGGAAAAUAAGACAGCUGGAAAUACGUGGGAGGAACCUGAAAACUAUUGAUAGAGACGCCUUUGCUAGAUUUACCCGUAAUCCAGAAUUGGUGCUGAAGAUACAUGGUACUCAAAUCGAAGAUUUACCUGCAGGAUUAUUUGCUAAUAUGUAUAAAAUUGGGUACCUGAAGAUCGACUUGAGACACAAUCAGCUAUCUCAUUUGAGUCCUGAGAUUUUUUAUGGCAAUUCUAGUGGAUGGAGUGAUGUUGGAACAACUCUCAUUUCAGGAGGCCUCACGAUAUCAGACAACCCCUUCAGAUGCGGCUGUCACCUGGCUUGGCUAGGCCACUGGCUGAGACGCUGGCUGAGAGAGAGUGUCCACACGCAUAACCAACCGAUCGAGUCGGCCUUGAGGAUGACGGCGGCUGUCAAAGAGUCGACUUGCUUAGAUGUCGUCACCGGCAAAAAAGUGCCCAUCGUCGAUCUGCCGCAAGAGGACAGCAGCUGUCUUGCGAGCGCUUUGAGCAACUCUGCGCUAUCUAGAGAGGACUCUGUUAUGUUGGUGUUUCUGUUGUUCCUAUUCGAUUUUUUCAGGUAGUUUUCGUUCGAAUUGAUAAGCAUGUACAUACAGUGAACUAAUUUUACAGUAUAUUAUUCAGUCUGAUUAUUGUAUUUGUAUUUGUAUUCAUUCAUAGUGUUACUACAUUGUAA